UGGGGUGGGAUCUGGAACGGUUUAAAUGCUUUCGUCGUGGACUCGUGCUUCCAUUUAAACAAAACUAGCCCAGAUUCAAAGAACAGAGGUGAAACAGCGCCUGCGGCAGAGCAGCCAGUCGAACAAGAUAACCUAAUUCCCUGCACGCACACACAGAAUAGCGGUUAUUGAGAUGGACAUCACGAGGCUUGCUCGAGGUCUUUCUGUAGAAAGUAUGGAGAUUGGGCUUAAUUGGUCACUGAGAGUGGCGUGGAUCGCUGGAAUUUUUCCAUUGUUAGUUGCUUCACUCCCUUCAUCUCGUCUUAAUCCUCUUUACGAACUCCUAUUGGGAUUCAGUAAGAGGGGCAAGAUCAUGCAAUCUUCAUCCUAUAAGCUAAGUGUUCCGCAGCGAUUCUUCCUCCAUUUUUACUUACUGGGUGUGGCGUGGACGACAGUGUUAUUGCUCACAACUUGGUAUUAUGCGAGUCAAGUGGCGCCUUUGGGUUCUGAGUCACUGAGUUUGUCCACGGCUGCGGGUCACCUGACUGGGUUAUCGCAUAUCUCUUCGCUCUAUAAGUCUCGGAUUCACACUGCAGACAAAAGAUACAAGGUCUGGGUAUCUGUGUUUUUGCUUCUACUGAUGGAAAUGCAGGUUUUGAGGCGACUCUAUGAGACACUCUAUGUCUUUAAAUACAGCAAUUCAGCACGGAUGCACAUUUUUGGCUAUCUAAUGGGGAUCUUUUACUAUACAGCUGCUCCCCUGUCACUCUGCACCUCUUUUGUACUGGUGGCUCUUAACUUCACACUUGAUAAGUUAGCUGUGUUGAAAUUGGCCUACCAGGGGGUGCCAUCUAUGGAGUUUGAUUGGUGGGGAUAUUUGAGGCCUCUUGCAAACCUUGGAUGGCACCAGUGGGCUGGUGCUGCUUUGUUUGCUUGGGGUUGGGUCCAUCAAUGGCGAUGCCAUGCAAUUUUGGGCUCACUGCGAAAAUGCAGAGAACAAAGUGAUGAAUAUGUAAUUCCACGCGGUGAUUGGUUUGAGAUAGUCUCGAGUCCGCACUACUUGGCUGAAAUUGUCGUAUAUUUAGGUCUGCUGGUUGCAAGUGGUGGCACUGACUUCACCAUAUGGCUACUUCUUGGCUUUGUGGUAGCUAAUCUUGCAUUCGCAGCGGCGGAAACACAUAGAUGGUACCUUCAUAAGUUCGAGGACUACCCAUCUAACCGACGAGUCAUUUUUCCAUUUGUCUAUUAGUUACUUGCCGCGCCUUGUGCUUGUUUGCUCUAUACAAUAUGUUGUAAUUGUGUUUCCAUAUAAAAACAGCUACACAAUGAUUGAUUUUGUAAAUCAGUUGAUGAGAUAUUCAUCAGAAUAAGUUAGUAGUAAUUAGUUUUGUGCAUGAGGGUUUACAGUUUCGGAAUAUGGGUUUAGGGUUAUCAUAUGCAUUGGCACAUUUGCUAUGUAUUGUAAAAUCAGCGCUCACAGUAGCUCUGUAUAUAGCUUGGAGUGGGAUGGAGUUGGGCAUUA